AUGUCUCUGAAGUAUGGGCUGAACCUCAAGAAAAAGGCGCAGGCGCCGACUCGACGAACACUUUUAGACGAUGAGGACGGCGAUGAUGACGAGCCAGAGCACUCUGGACCAGCUGAAGAAGAAAUCACCACAUUUGGCGGCAAGGCGCCUUCAAAACCAGCACCUGGCUUGAAUCGACCAAAGCCUAAGCUGCCGCCGAAGAAGGACGAUGAUGAAGAUUCGCGGCAAGACCUGUCAGCUUUGAGAGCCGCGAAAGCGCAAGUCAAAGCUGCAGAAGAAGUAGAUUCGUCAAUCUUCGACUACGACACAUUCCACGAUGCGAAGACAUCCGUGACAGAGGCAAAGAAAGCUGCGGAGAAGCAGGAUGCUAUUGAGCGAAAGCCAAAGUACAUUGGCAACUUGCUAGAUGCUGCUUCACGGCGAAAACAAGACCAGCAGAUCGCGCGUGAGAAGCUAUUGCAGAAAGAGCGCGAAGCGGAAGGUGACGAAUUCGCCGACAAGGAGAAGUUCGUCACAGGUGCGUAUAAGGCGCAGCAGGAAGAGACGAGGAGAUUGGAGGAGGAAGAGAAGAAGAAGCAAGAAGAAGAGGAGAAGCGGAAGAGGCAAAUGGGUGGUGGCAUGCAGGGCUUCUAUCGCACGAUGAUGGACCAACAGGAGCAGCAGCAUAAGGCAGCUCUUGAGGCCGCUGAGAAGGCAGAGAAGGAAGGUGUCAAGCUGGCUCAAGACGAGGAGAAGCGCAAGUCCGAUGCAGAACUGGCUGCAGAAGCGCGUGCAAAGGGUAUCAAUGUGCACGUUAACGAGGAUGGCCAGAUCACGGAUAAGCGAGAGCUGCUCACAGCUGGUUUGAAUGUUGCGCCAUCAGGCAAAUCCUCUGGUCAGGGCGGCUCGGAUCACCUGCGAAGCGAUAAGAGGCAAGCACAAUCUGCCUUCCCAUUACGAAACGCUUCCUCUCAGCAAGCUUCUCGUGAGCGGCAAACUCGAAUUAUGGAGGAGCAGCUUGCUGAGCGUGCGAAGCGCGCGAGAGAGGAGGAAGAGGAAGAACGCGCUCGGCAAGAGAAGGCCGCCAAAUCCACCAAGACCGAGAAGGACAUUGGCGACGCGAAGGCACGUUAUCUUGCCCGAAAGGCUGCGAGAGAGCGUGGCGAGGCAUGA